CAUCCCGGGGGCCGCGCUGAGCCUCCCCCCGGCCCGCCCCGCCUCCCCGCUCGCUCCAGCCGGGCCCCUCCGCUCGCUCCCCGGGCCAGGCCCGCGGCCCCCCCGGCCCAGCCAUGUCGCUGCACGGGAAGCGGAAGGAGAUCUACAAAUAUGAGGCGCCCUGGACCGUGUACGCCAUGAACUGGAGCGUCCGGCCCGACAAGCGGUUCCGCCUGGCGCUGGGCAGCUUCGUGGAGGAGUACAACAACAAGGUGCAGCUUGUUGGUUUAGAUGAGGAGAGCUCAGAAUUCAUUUGCAGGAACACCUUUGAUCACCCCUACCCCACCACAAAGCUGAUGUGGAUCCCAGACACCAAGGGAGUCUACCCAGACCUGUUGGCCACCAGUGGUGACUACCUGCGAGUGUGGAGGGUGGGUGAAACUGAGACCCGGCUGGAGUGUUUGCUGAACAACAACAAGAACUCUGAUUUCUGUGCUCCACUGACAUCAUUUGACUGGAAUGAAGUGGAUCCUUACCUGUUAGGUACCUCUAGUAUUGACACAACCUGCACUAUUUGGGGUCUGGAGACAGGACAGGUUCUGGGAAGAGUAAAUUUGGUGUCUGGCCACGUGAAGACCCAGCUUAUUGCACAUGACAAAGAGGUGUACGACAUCGCCUUCAGCCGCGCGGGCGGCGGCAGGGACAUGUUCGCCUCGGUGGGCGCCGAUGGCUCGGUCAGGAUGUUCGACCUGCGGCACCUGGAGCACAGCACCAUCAUCUACGAGGACCCCCAGCACCACCCGCUGCUGCGCCUCUGCUGGAACAAGCAGGACCCCAACUAUCUGGCCACCAUGGCCAUGGAUGGCAUGGAGGUUGUGAUUCUAGAUGUCAGAGUUCCCUGCACCCCUGUUGCCAGGUUAAACAAUCACAGAGCAUGUGUAAAUGGAAUUGCCUGGGCACCUCAUUCUUCCUGCCACAUCUGUACAGCAGCGGAUGAUCACCAGGCUCUCAUCUGGGACAUCCAGCAGAUGCCUCGUGCCAUCGAGGACCCCAUCCUGGCCUACACAGCCGAGGGAGAGAUCAACAAUGUACAGUGGGCAUCCACCCAGCCAGACUGGAUAGCCAUCUGCUACAACAACUGCCUGGAGAUCCUCAGAGUCUAACUUUGCAGCUUGGUGCACAGUGAGGCAGGGCUGUGUCCUUCCCCCUCCCCUCUAAAGUAAGAACACCACCAGUCAAGUGGCCAGUAUCUGUUGUUGCUUUGCAUCUGCUGUUACAAGAAACUGUUACAAGAAUCGAUGGCAGGGGUCUCCUGUCUCUCAAGACUCUAAAAUGCAGAGACGUGCUGAGCCUCUUGGAACUUCUGGGUUCUGGUUUUCUUGUGAAAUUCUUUUUUUCCCUCAGUAAAAGUUCUGUAUAUUUGUUUGUUGACUGUAUUAAUAAGCUUGCAGGCUUUUAAGUUGCUGCAUAUGUCCAUGUGUUUGUCAGCCAGCUGAGGCAGCACAUCCACCAGUUUAACAGAUGCAGGUGCAAAACAAGGUGGGGGGAAAAAGACAGUGAUGUUAACGGCCACCUUGGCAGGAAUCUUUAUCAUUCCUGUUGUUGCUGCCUCUAAACUGUUUAAACGUUUGUAUGUUUUUUAUAUAUUGGGCUAACUUUCUAUUGAGUAAGGUUUUUCUCCCUAAUUCUUACUUUUGAUAUGUGAUCCACUUCCAUAUGUCCAAAGCAGGACCUGUUCAUGGAUACAAACCACAGUAACACUGCAGGCUCCCUGGCAGUAAAGGCCUGCCAGAAUUAACUGUUGCCUUGGCUCCCUGUAUCUGGUGACCUGGGCAGAAUUUUCUGGUGCUGUGAAGUACAAGUACUUGUUGCACAAUUUCUUUACACUUUUCUGAUGCUCAAGGCAGUUGUUACUAUGGUAGGUCUUAUUUUUAAAUUCUGACUGAGUUUGUGUGUAUCCUGCAGUGGUGUUAGCAAACAGAGCAGUGAUAGGUUGAGAAUGAAGAUCUGUGCAUGAUGUGAGCUCCCAGGAGGUAAACAAUUCCUGAAAAAAUGUAUUUGUAAUGGGCUUGGGAUUGAAACUUCCAAUCAGAUUAUUUUCCCUUGGAAGACUUACCUUAUCUAAAUCAAAGUAAAAUGGUUUCACACUUUGUAGCUUGCUUGAUUGGCAAAUAGUAUGAGCAAGAUUUUGUGGUUAGGCUCUACUUCUGAGGUAGUGUUUGGCCUGUGUUCCUGGGAGGUCUUGAAGGGAGCAAAAAAGCAAUCUUGUUGUGAAGUGUAUUUGCUUUAUACUGCCAGGUCUUGUUGAAUGAACAAGACAAGUCAGAAGAGCUGGUCUGCUACCCAAAAGAAAGCUGUUUUUUUGAAAGAAGUUACU